CACGACCUCUCCUCGAGCCGACCUCGACGAUCAGAACCUAAUGAACCCACCCCACCAAAAUUGGGCCUCCCCUGGACGCACAGGAAUCAAGACGGAACCUGUUUCACCUCCCUCCGCGGUAACUCGGACCCGACCCUCCUCAGACAGUCAUAAGCAGUCUGCGCCGUCUGCUUAUCCAUACGCUACCAUGAGGCGGCGCGAGUCCCCCACCGACACUCGACCUCACUCAUCCGGCUCGGGCAUGUCCACCUCGAGCCUGGCAGGCGCCAUGGGUGAUGUCCACAUGUCGCACGAGUUGCAAAUGAGGCCAUCAAGUUCUCCGCACCCUUCGGGCAUGGUCUGGUCCACCGCGUCCGAGGUACCAGCGAUGCAAGAUCCCUUUGGCCUCCAGGUUCCUUUCCAGGAUUCUCCGACAGCCGCGUUGGCUUCGGGCAGCCCAGCCCCUCCCAUAUCUUACCAAGAUUAUAAUUCGCCAUCCUUUUUUAAUAAUGUCGCAACGCCCGACUCCCUAUCCCCCGCAUCACCCGCGUUCACUCCGUCGUCCUACCCGGAGCAGCAAUACGCCGCGUACGCACAGCCCCGCAGGACGCCGUCGAUACAGGCACCUCCGACGGCCACGGGCUCCAUGCUGAAGACAGAUCCGUACUCCGGCAUGGCGGUGGUCGGCGUCCCUCAAGGCUAUCCCAGUAGCGCCCCUGUCAGCCGGUACGGACAGCCCGAAGACGAGAUGCGCGCCCUCCGGAAGCGCGUCAAGGAGCUCGAGCUCAUCAACGAGUCAGCUCGGAUGCGCAUCCGCGAGCUCGAGAUGGAGCUCGCCAAGGAGUCCCCACUCCACGCUCCCUCGCACCGCGCCGCGUCCGGGUUGGCGGGACUGCCGUCGCCCGCGUCCACGCCGGCCUCGUCGCCCUCGUUCGAGGCCAGCUGGAACGCGCGUACCCAGGCACGAAUCAAGCAGUUCUGCUCAUUGAAUCGCGCCGGCAACGCCCUCUGUGCCUGGCACGACUCUCGCCGCGAGCGGCGCGCGUACCCGCCUCGCAACGCUCCCCCCGGCCACCUCAACUGCGGUUGCUCUUACGAGGAAGCGCUCUUCGAAGAGAGCCUUGCCCGGCACGGCGUGGGCAGCUACCACCCCGGCGAGAGCGUGCGCAUGGAUCCCGCGCUGCGCAACCCGCUCCUCAAGCUGCUCCAGAAGCGCUACAACUACCGCGACGGCGACUUCGAGCGCGACCCCGUCACCGGCGGCUGGGUAGAAGGCGAGGGCCACAUGAUCUGGGAACAGCGCGCAAACGCAGGUCCCCUCACGCGGAAGACCAGCGAGCGGCGUUGAACGCGACCGCGACCCUUCCUUGCUCAGCUAGCCGCGGCCGCUCCCUCACGACACCCGCGUCAUUAGAGACGUGUUUCACCUUCGUUCGUGCUGAACCCUCUUUUGUCGCAUACCCCCAUCUUUUUACCUCGCUGUUUCCCGCGCGGCUUGCAUAACGCAAGGACUCUGUUUCUGCUCCUCAUUCCUCCCCUGUCUGUGCUCAUCAUCCCCAAACUGUAUCCAUGUCUCGCGUUGUAUCCGUCUGUCUCACCCAAUCAUCUUUUUAUUUUCGUGUUACUACAUCAUUAAUUCGCGUUCAUCUCUCUGGCCUCUUGGUUAGACC